AUAAAUAUAUUCAUAUCGAAUAUUUUGGUUUUAAAUAUGACAAACGAUUUAGGUACGUCUGUCUGACCGCCUGCCUAUGAAAAACUAUCAUAAAUGGCGUUUCCUGAGCCCAUUGGGAGAUCUCCACGAUCUCCAACUCACUUAAAUGGAAUGGAAAAUAACCCAAUAGCCGUAAACCAAAAAUUAAAUAACGUAAGUUCAGUAUUACUUUAUGGCAUACCUAUUGUAUCACUAUACAUUGAGGGUCAAGAACGAUUGUGUUUGGCGCAAAUCUCAAAUACUCUCCUAAAGCAAUUCAGUUACAAUGAAAUCCACAAUCGCCGCGUAGCUCUAGGUAUAACGUGUGUGCAGUGCACUCCCGUUCAAUUGGAGAUUCUGCGAAGAGCAGGCGCAAUGCCAGUGAGUUCGCGCCGAUGUGGAAUGAUAACACGCCGCGAGGCUGAACGCUUAUGUAAAAGUUUCUUGGGCGAUAAUACGCCACCACGACUUCCCGACGAUUUUGCGUUCAACGUGCAGCACAAAUGCGCCUGGGGAUGUCGAGGAUCUUUGCCAUCACGCUACAACUCAUCACGUGCCAAAUGCAUCAAGUGUACCUUCUGUGGCAUGUUUUCACCAAACAAAUUCAUAUUUCAUUCCCAUCGACUAACCAGCAACGAUCGAUAUAUCCAGCCAGAUGCGGCGAACUUCAAUUCUUGGCGUCGACACAUGACACUUUGUGGACAUGGGCAGGAUGAAAUUGUGCAUGCGUGGGAGGACGUGAAAGCUAUGUUUAAUGGUGGCACAAGAAAACGACUUGUAGGCUGCAGCAACAGUAGCCGAAAUUCACCAAAUUCCCAAGAAGGGUCGGCUCUAAAGUUACGAACAUCAGCAGCAACCACCAGACUGGAGGCUACAACUGAAUGUGAGAUGGAUGCUAAAAGGAAGAAAUAGAAUAUGCAAAAAUCAAUAGACCAUCAAUACAAUUAUAAUACUGUAGCUGCCGCUGCUGCCGCCGUUGUUGGGGUGACAGCAACAGUAGCCACCACAGUUGGGGUGCCGUUCAAUCUACACCAUCGGUCACUGCGCAACGAGCACGAUCUAUCGAUAAUGCCACUGUCACGAAAUUUCGUUGUCGAUUACACAAUGUGGCAACAGCACCAGCAACAGCACCAUGGAAAACGCAACGAGUCUUGCCCAAUGCCUUGGAUAAGGCCGGAAAUUAACUUCGUUGCCCCUUUAAAUGCAACUAUUGUGAAAAAUGAAUCACAGCAUGCCACUCAUUGCAACAACGCUAUAGACAAGAAUGUAAAUAAUAAUAGCACGGAAUAUUUGGAUUUCAAUGUACCAUCGAUAUUAAACUCAUCCGCUUUUAAGCCUGUUGUGGCUUCCACUGCAAUUGUAUCGGCGUCUUUAUAUGCAACGCGCUCAAAUGAUUCGAACAGUACCAUUUAUAAAGGAUCUGCUCAAUCGACAAAAACAUCAACCGUUUUUUCUCAUAAUAUUAGUACUACUGUUGCAAAUGGCUGCGAAUUCCACAAACCUAUAUCUAGCGCUUUUUCGCCAAUUUUAGAUUCCAUUAACAUGUGCACUGAAAUCGAUCAACAAGACUCUAAUAACACAAUUUCCACCGCAUCCAAUGAUCUAAAAAAUCAAUGUUUAAGCCCAACAUACGACAGAAAUAUGACAAGCAAUGCGGCCGACAAUGAGGACGAUGAAGUAGUCGAUAUUGAAACAACAGAAGAUGACAAUCAAAUAGUAUCUGUGUCUUUAAAGGAUGAUGGUGCUUUCAAUGUUGUUUGCUCUUCUCAUUCAUUAGACUAUGUAUCAUCAUCCCUCAGUGCCGACCAUUCGCCUUCUGGGAGUCCAACCGUCGAUAUCGAUGUCGAUGGAUCCACUACUGAUCCUGAAGACCAAAUUGAGUUCAAAUCAAAUACUAUACACUCACAAGACAUAAACACGUCAUUAAGUCGAUCAAAUAUUAAAAUGAAUUACCAUCAUAAUCACGAAAACGAUAAAAUUAUUGUAAAUGAUGUUGAAGAAAUUCGCCCAAGUUAUUUUAAAUAUAGUAAUGAGGUUACUAAAGGAGUUAAUGGAAUGUCAAAAAUAUUAUCUCGGAAAAAAUGCGUAAAUCCUCAAAAAAAAAAUGGAAAACUAUUGUCGAAACUAGAUGCGGACAGCAUUUUUGGUAAUCAGUCCAGUUUACAUAUUCCCUUUCCAGUACUUUUUAAGUCGCAUUUAAAUUGUAUUCGCCAACGCCACCAAUUCCACGGACAAUCCAGUCCCAACACGCCAGGUCUAUUAUAUUGUUGUGAUACCACUGGCAACGCGAAUGAUAGUAACUCGGAUAUACUAAACGCGUAAUCUUCGAAACAAAAUAUAAUAAUUUUUAAAUUUCAUUUGUAAAUUGAUUAUAACUAAUAUGUAUAUUGCUUAAGACUCGACUGUAAUAAAUAAAGAUAAAGAAACGAUUUUUAAAUUAUUUCUUAUCAUAUCCCUUACAGAAUAAAUUAUACAA